GCCACCUCUCGCGCAACGUUGGAACUAGUUAAUACCAUCCUUCGACUAUCUACAUUCGAGAUUUCAGCGCUCUAACCUCAUUCGAAGUGAAGUUUUGUUUGGUUGAAGUAAACGUGUUUAUAUCGGUCGGUCACAAUUUGCGAAAUGGAGCAACGUGCCGCUAUCAAAUGUUGUUUCAAAUUGGGAAAAAGUGGUUCCGAAACUUAUCAAAUGUUAAAAACUGCAUAUGGCGAGGAUUGUUUAAGCCGAAGCAAGGUUUUUGAGUGGUAUGGACGAUUUAAAAACGGCCGUGAGUCGCUGGAAGACGAUCCGCGCGAGGGGCGUCCCUCCACGUCAACAACAGACGAUAAUGUCGAACGAGUGCGCACGCUGGUGGCUUCCAAUCCACGCGUUUCGGUUGAAACAUUAUCUAGGAAGCUAAACAUCAGUGUAGGAAGCGUUUAUCAUAUUUUACACGACGUUCUUGGUAAAAAAAAAAUUUGCGCAAAAUUUGUUCCUCACUCACUGACGCUGGAUCAAAAACAGUGGCGUCUCGACGCUUCACUCAAUUUUCUUGACUGGGCUAACACGCAUGAAAAUUUCUUAAAUAAAAUUGUAACUGGUGAUGAAACAUGGUGUUUUCAAUACGAUCCCACAACGAAACGCCAGUCUGCUGAAUGGAGAAGCCAGGAGGAAGGACGGCCCCUCAAAGUUCGCGCAACCAAAUCCAAAAUCAAAACGAUGUUCAUUUCUUUUUUCGAUUCUCAUGGAAUUAUCCACAGCGAGUUUGUGCCAACCGGCCAGACGGUGAAUGCAGCAUUUUAUAAAGAUGUGCUGGACAGACUUUUGAAGCGGAUUCGACGCAUAAGGCCAGAACUUUACAGUAGUGGCGAUUGGUUUCUCUUGCAUGACAAUGCGCCCUCUCAUUCCUCGAUCCUCGUUUCAGAAUUUUUGACCAAAAAAUCAGUUACUGUGAUCCGCCACCCACCAUACUCACCAGAUCUGGCUCCAGCGGACUUUUUUCUAUUUCCCAAGAUUAAAAUUGCCAUGAAGGGCGAGCGUUUUCAGGAUGUAGAGGCCAUAAAACGCAUUAGGAAAUUAUAAAUCAUUUUUCUUCGGUAUUUUUGAACUCGUAGACUCUCUUUCGUAUGAAAUUUUGGACCAAGUACAGUGACGCGAAGAAUGGUAACAUUUGGAAGGAUAAGAUUAACUUACAUCUAUGAAAAAAAAGUUUGUAACGUUUCCUAAUAAUUAUUAUAAUCGUAAUCGAAAAAAAACGGUUACGAGUGAUUCUCACUUUUUAUUUAUAAUUUUAAGUACCCAUGAUAUUUCGGUACAUCGUGUAAAUAUUAAUAAAUAACAUAUACCAAGACGAA